ACAUGAGCCACAGUCGGUCCCGCGGUGAGCAGACGGGGACGCGCGCCCUUCGGUCGGGUCAGCAGGCAUGUCGAAUCAGCUCCACCCGGGCCAGCGGCACCACCACCAGCAGCAGCACCUCCACCUUGACCCCGCGCCUCUCCCACAGCGCUUUGGGGAGGCGUUUACCGGCCCUCUUCGCAUCAGAAGGAAUGUGAUAACAGACGAUUACAGUGUGACCAGCCAGGUGCUCGGGAUGGGGAUCAAUGGCCGCGUGCUGGAGGUUUUCCACAGAGCGAGCGGGGCAAAGUACGCACUGAAGAUGCUGCAGGACGGCCCAGAGGCCAGACGUGAGGUGGAGCUCCACUGGAGGGUGUCCCCUUGCCCCCACAUUGUGCCCAUCAUAGGGGUCUAUGAGAACAUCUACCAUGGAAGGAAGUGCCUCCUCAUCGUGAUGGAGUGCAUGGAUGGAGGAGAAUUAUUCAGUCACAUCCAAGACCGAAGGAAUCAUGCAUUUACAGAAAGAGAGGCCUCUGACAUCAUGAAAAGCAUUGGAGAAGCCACACAUUUCCUGCAUUCCAUCAACAUUGCUCACAGAGACAUCAAGCCGGAGAACCUGCUGUACACGUCCAAAAGGCCGGAUGCCCUCCUCAAGCUGACAGACUUUGGAUUUGCCAAAGAAAUCACCGCCUCAAACUCUUUAGCGACACCUUGUUUUACCCCCUACUACGUCGCUCCAGAAGUUCUUGGUCCUGAGAAGUAUGACAGAUCCUGCGACAUGUGGUCCCUAGGCGUCAUCAUGUAUAUUUUGCUUAGUGGAUAUCCUCCCUUUUUCUCACAUCACGGUCUGGCCAUAUCCCCAGGGAUGAAAAGACGGAUCCGUAAUGGACAAUACGAGUUCCCCACCCCGGAGUGGAGCGACGUGUCUGAGGAAGCUAAGCAGCUAAUCUGCCACUUACUGAAAACCGAACCCACCCAGAGGAUGACCAUCGGCGAGUUCGUAAGCCAUCCCUGGAUCAACCGGCCCGUGGAGGCCCCACGGACGCCUCUUCACACCGGCCACCUGCUGCAGGUGGAGCAGGAAGUCUGGGAGAAGGUGAAGGAGGAAAUGACAAACGCCGUGCGAACAAUGAGAGUGGACUAUGAUCAGAUCAAAAUCAAAACCAUUGUUGACUCAACUAAUCCUCUACUCUUGAAGAGAAGAAAGAAAAUCCAAAACUCAGCCACACAACUUCUAAGCGAGUGAAAUAUUUACUUUUAGUGAAUUCAGUUUCUCACAAAUGCAGCCAUACGAUUUAGCUUUUUGUGAUAUUUAGUGUUGCCAAUUGGCUCUAAUAGCCUUCAUAAUAUAUUUUCGGCGAUUCUUAUUUAUUUUUGGUAACCUCAAAUGAUUUUAGUUUUAAAAUUUGUAAAGCACAUGUUUUAUAAAAGUGCUUUAUCAACUUUCUGUACAUUGAAAGGUGUGCUGUGUGCUUUAAUGCGUGUUAAUGAAUCUUCUCUAAGAGGCAAACAUAAAUCUACUGUAUUUUAGGUAGUUUGUGUGGCAUCGACUGAGAGUUUUACGGGUGUUUCCUGUUUCUUUAAGUCUUUCUUUCUGCGCGUAGGAAACCGCUGAGACUCUUUGCCCUCAGGGUGUUGUUAAGAUAGUUUACAAGCAUCAUUUAUUUUGGUCGAUUGAAUGAACAUUACCGGAAACCACAUAUUUUUUUAUGCUGAUGUGAUGCCGCAAGUAUUUGUCACUGUGGGUGUGCAGUGUCUAAAACGUGUUGACCAUGUGUAGCACUAAUCACACUUUCCAAUCUCAUGAGACUGAAACUGCGCGGACAACUGAACAACAGUCGCUAUUUUACCAUUAAUACAUUUUCUUCAAAGCGGUAAUUCAUAUAAAUUCAUAAAUGUGACAGUGGCAUCCUGUCCAUGUGAAAAAUAAUAGCACUACUAUUUUAAUGUAUAAUGUCUUUUACUCUGGAUUAAAUCUUUUUGUUUUUCUCUCUG